CUUGAUUGCCAGUCAAUGUAUACAGCCCGCAGGCGGCGCCUGGUCCCUGCCUCCCUGUGAGCGGGUGGAGAAUGAGGAAGGCUUUAGUAGGGCGGGGGCAUUUCAGCAGCGCCGCCUUCCACCCAACCUCCGUGCCUUCCACAUAUGGGAACGCGGAGUGUCAGCAGAACACAAGCGCACAGUGUGUGGGAGAGAGAGAGAGAGAGAGACAACGUUCCGGAAUAACACCCACACUGAGGUGUGCAAACCCAGCAAUCACUCCCGGAGCAGCAGCAAUCCGGAGCAGGAUCCCAACUCGAGCUCGCUGCUUGCCAGCUGUUGUAAUAAACUGUGCCAACACCCGGAGCGGCUGCAAAAACAAAACAAAAACCUGAAAAAAAGGAGCGGUAGCGCCGACAUCGUCAUUCCCGACGGGAAUCGGGAUCGGAGCUGGAGCAGGGAGCAAGCGAGGAUUAGAUCAGCAGUGGUAUUACAGAGAGACCAGGAUCAAAAUCAGGAAUAGGUUUAAACCUGGAGCACGAUUGGAAGGGAAACCAGGAACGGAUCUGGAGUAGGAAGUCAGGAUCAGACCAGCAAUUCGAUUAGACCAGGAGAAGGUUUAGAAUAAGAGCAACAUCAGAGGGGAAACCAUGGUCAGAGACCAGCAGUAAGAUUAAACCAGGAGGAAAGUGUGAGGGGGAAUUAGGAUUAGACCAGAAACAGAGUUAGAUCAGGAUUAUACCAGGAGCAGCAUCAGAAAGGAAACUGACAGUUUACCUAGAACUGGAUGAAAGAGGAACCAGGACCAAACUUGGAGCAGGGUUUGGGGAGGACUGGGAUCAGGGUAAAGUUUGUUUGGGAUUGCCUUUGGUAAAUCAAAUACUGGUUUAGUGUUUUACUUAGGAUUUCUCCCGAGGGAAGUACACUUGUCUGGUGAAAGGGUUGCCAAAGUCCUAACAUGGGGUCGUAUGCUGAUGAAUUGGCUGAUAAUCAAUAAGUUGGUCUCUGGUUAUUACCUGAUGAAUUAUCACUUUCUCGACCUAACACUGUUGGAUUAUCCAUUCAUUGGAGCCAGAUUACCAAUAGAUCAGGAUUUGAUUAUUUCCUGAUUGAUCAUCAAUGAUUUUGACUUUCUGGAUUAACAAAACUGGAUUAUCAACUGAUUGUUACUGGAUUAUUACUUCACUGGAACCAGAUCACUGACUGACUCAUAAAUCAGAAGUUACUUAUUGUCAUAUUAUCAAUUGACUGUCAAGAUAUCAUUGAUUUCUCCUCCAUUGCUAAUCCAAGCCAGUGCUGCAUUAUUAAUUAGAUCUGAUCACUUCUGAUUGAUCAAUUUGAAAUCACCUGCAUGUGGACCCAUCUCUGAUUCUGGUGAUUUGAAGACCUGCUUAUAAAUCCUGGAAAUCUUCCCCCUGUCCUCCUCAUUCUAUCAUUAAGAGGUUCUUGAUUUGGGAAAGAUGUGAAUUGGAUUUCAGGAGUGGGGGGGAGGGGGGUGUGAGGGGAGAUGUCGAGAGAAUCGGCACUCAGAUUGGACCUGUCCAGUGAUGUAUUGAUACCUGACCCUGGGCCAUAUUCUGCUCCGGUGCUGGGCACGAUACCUGGGUGCAGCCAUCUCCGCCCCUCUUCCUACAGAGCGCUGCGUAGUGCAGUCUCCACUUUGACCAGGAUUGAUGACUUCCACUGUGAGAAAAUUGGGUCAGGAUUCUUUUCUGAGGUGUUCAAGGUGCGACACCGGAUAUCUGGGCAAGUGAUGGUUCUCAAGAUGAACAAGCUGCCGAGCAACCGUGCCAACAUGCUUCGCGAAGUGCAGCUGAUGAAUCGGCUCUCACACCCCAACAUUCUGCGGUUCAUGGGUGUCUGUGUUCAUGAAGGCCAAUUACAUGCUCUGACAGAGUACAUUAAUGGAGGGAGCCUCGAGCAAGUGCUAAGCAGCAAUGAGUAUUUGUCUUGGUUGGUGAGGAUUAAGCUGGCUUUGGACAUUGCAAAAGGCCUGUGCUACCUGCACUCCAAGGGAAUCUUUCAUCGUGAUUUGACAUCGAAGAAUUGCCUGGUGAAGCAUGAAGGGAAAUCAUACACGGCUGUGGUGGGAGACUUUGGCCUUUCAGAAAAAAUCCCAAAUUAUAGUGGUGAUGGGGAGAAGGAGCGCUUGGCUGUGGUUGGAUCACCCUACUGGAUGGCACCUGAGGUCCUGAGAGGAGAGCUAUAUGAUGAGAAGACGGAUAUCUUCGCUUAUGGCAUCAUUUUGUGCGAGAUCAUUGCUCGGAUACCAGCUGAUCCAGAUUAUCUGCCCCGCACUGAGAACUUCGGCCUAGAUGUGAAUACUUUUGAGACAAUGGUGGGAGACUGUCCGCCUCCAUUCUUGAAGCUGGCUAUCCACUGCUGUGUUAUGGAUUCCACUCAGCGCCCAUCCUUUGCAGAGAUUGUCCAGAAGCUGGAGACCAUGCUGGAGCUCUGUAAAAACACAGAUUCACGGCUGGAGAAUGCAGAACAGCACUUCACUGUGGAAGUUUCAACUAUACACAAUGGCAACAACGAGUGUGAAUUGAAUGGAAACGGAGGCCUGGACCGAGCUCUUUCCAACAGCCUGCGGGUUCAAUGCGAGCCCCGUUUGUCCCGGAGCUACUCGGACAUGUUCUCCCGGACGGCCCUCGGGGCCGAGGGCCUAGGCCCGGCCGCUCGGGUCAACCCGUUUUCCGGCCGGGACGACCUGAAAGGCGGCAAGAUCAAACUGUACGACUCGCCGAGCCGCUCGGUCAUCUCGCUUAGCUUUGAGCUGCUGCCGCCGCCUCCGCCGCCGUCCCCCUCGGCGAUGCUGGCCGCCCAGCCGCUCACCCCGGAGCCGCUGAACCCAGCGCGGAGCGGGCUCCCCUGCGGAGCGCCACCCGCCCGUCGGUGCCGCUCACUGCCCGAGCUCCGCGCCCUGGGGGGGCGUGGCCAAGCGGCAUCUGACCUCUCGCCACGGCAGGGUCAGAGGGCAGGGGUCGGCGCCGGCCACAGGGGAGGGAAGGAUCAUGGCGUCGCUGCCGCUGGAGGAAAGACGGAGGAGACCGGAGUAGACUCACGUGGUAGAUCGCCGCCCCCUGAACGCACCGAAGCUCCCCCGCCGCCCAGGACCGCCCGCGCUGGCGGCAGGCCCCAGCGCUCUCCGGAGACCGACGCGGCGUUGGGCGGACAGCGCCGGCGGUCCUACUCGAACAUUCCCCGCUCCGCCGGGCCGGUGGGGGGCGCGCGUGCGCAGCAUCUGCCGGGAAGCGCGCCUGCGCUCCACGUGCCGCAGCCUGUCGACGUGUACGUGACGGAGCCCAAGUGCCGGGAGGCCGACGUGACGGCGCCUGCGCCCUCGUCCCUGUGCCGGCCGGUUGACGUGACUGCGCCGGUCGUCCGGACGCUGUCGCAGGAUGCGCCUGCGCCGAUGCCGGCGGCCGGCCCCUUGUUGGGGAGCGCCGAGCUGCGGCCUGAGCAGGAGCCCGACGAGCGGCUCUCGUGCCCCGGCUGCUGCCUGGGCGGUUUCGCCUUCCCGUUCCCCCCGGUCUGUUUGCGCUCCAACAGCCAGCCGGCCCGAUACCCAGAUCUCAACUGCGAGUCCGACCGCCUGAUCGGUGAGGAGGAGGGUGCGGCGAUGCCGGCGGGCAGGAGUCACCCGGCCUAGGGGUCAGGGGAGGGGACCCUGGGCCCUGGGC